UUUGUGAGGAAUGCAUUUCAAAUUAUAAUGAUUUUGAUUAUAUCUCGAAGAUACUAGAAGAACUUAAAAAAAUUAAUAGAGAUAGUAAUAAUCCUUGCACUAAUUUUUACGAAUACAUAUGCGAUACUUGGGAUAGCGCCGUUGGCAGAUUUAAAUCCUAUUGGUCUACCGCAAACUAUCAUCAGUUUGAGGUCUAUUAUGAAGUGAAACGACUGUUGGAAAAUGAAAAUAAAUAUGAUAAUUUGCCAUUCAUAAAAAUGGCCAAACGAUAUUAUCGCUCAUGCAUGAACGAAGAUGUUCUUGAAGAGAGAGGUUUGAAACCUAUGCAACGAAUGUUGAAUGCAACGGGAGGAUGGCCAAUUAUAAUGUCUGAAAAAGAGUGGUAUGCGCAAAAUUACACUUGGCAAAAGAUGGACAAUGAUUAUUUUCAAUUGUACAACUUUUUCAUUCUUUUCGAUAUAUCAUAUUUAAAUGAUAAUGAAAAUUCUGGUAUAUUUAUGAUACAUCCCACUCUUCACAAUCCUCUUGAUAACAAAUUAAAGAGUGAUAGAGAACAAACGCAGUUCAUUAAAUUGAAGACCCUAAUGAAGGUAGUAGAAGCUUUCGCAAAAGACAAAGGAAUUCAAAUUUCAUUCAAGACACUACGCAAAGAUAUAGUAGAAUUAAAUUCAUUCGAAACAAAUCUUAAAAAUAUUGGAUAUAAAAAGAAAAUCCGUGCAGAUGGAAAUAAAAUGACAAUCGCAGAAUUACAAGAAUUUUACGAUCUUGUGGGAGUUUCACAAGCUACACAGAAGAUUAAUUGGUUGGAUAAAAUACAAAUUGUUUCUAAGUCUCUUGGCAUAACUAUAAACGCUUCGGAAACUGUUCUCGUGUUUAAUAAAGAAAUUUUGCACGAAUUGGUAUACUUGCUAGGUGCCACACCGCAACAUGUAAUCGUGAAUUAUUUACAGUGGCAUGUUAUGAAUACAUUUUUGGGUAAGUUGAAUAAACAAAUGAGAGAUAUUCAAUUGAAGCAAUAUUUUUUACAUAACACUGAUGACAUUAAAAAUUACGAUACGAUAAAUGUUGAGGAACGACGAAGGUGGUUAAACUGUAUUAAGGAAUUUCAGAUAAAAGAUGCCUUGUCUUUUCUUUAUAUAAAGACAUCUAUUUCAGCAGAUAAAAUACAAGAUGUAUCAGACAUAUUUAAUGAUAUAAAAGAAGAGAUGAUGGAUUACAUACAAUCCUCAAAAUGGUUAAAUAAGUUGACGAAAAAUUAUAUGACACGAAAAAUUUACGAUAUAUCACUAAACAUAGAUUAUUUUGAAAAAUGGUACGAUAAUCAGACAGCACUCACCGAAAUAUAUAAAGAGUUGGAAAUCGAUGACAAUUAUUUCGAAAAUGUGUUGACUACUAUAAAAUAUCGCAAUAUAGUAAAACAGAGAAGCUUUCGUGAAUCUAAGCAUGGAGAUAAGAGUUUACACAGAUGGUCAUUUGAUUUUUUAUCGGACAAGCCCAUUUAUGAUCAGAAGUCUAAUAUCAUAAAUAUACCUGCUGCUACAAUGAAACUUCCGCAUUUUAAACCUUACGAAUCAGUCGUCACUAAUUACGCUAGAAUAGGUUCGAUUAUUGGAUAUUUGAUGGGUCAUUAUAUACAUUUAAAUAUUGGGUCAUAUUUGGAUGAAUAUGGGAAUUUAAAAUUGAAUACCGGAAUUAGACAAGCUUAUGAAAGAAGAUCGCAAUGUAUCUUGAGAUCACUUGAACAUUACCAUAAUAUUAUGCUGAAUAAAACGAACAAGAAUCCAGAAUAUAUUCAAAUGUAUACAAAUUUUAUUAAGAAUGAAACCAUUGCAUAUUUCAUUGGCACACAAAUUGCUUUCGCAGCAUUCCAAAGAAAAAAGCAAAAUUUAUUUAAUUUACCAAAAUUACUAAGUGACUACCGAAAUUACAAAGUCACAAUGGAAACUGUUAACCUAUCAAAAUUAUUAAUGACAAGUAUAAACCAAGAACAAUUGUUUUUUAUUCAUGAUACAGAGCUAACAUGUGGGGCAAUGAAUCCUUACGACGAAGUUAAUAAUGUUAUUUAUAGCAACAGUGCUAAAGAACUAAUAACCAGCAUUUUGUCUAAUAUAGAAGCUUUCUCUGAAGCAUUUAAUUGUCCAGUAGGCAGCCCGAUGAAUCCUAAAUUAAGAUGCGAAAACUGGAAAGAGGCGACAAUUGAAGAACAUUUUUACUAUGGUACAGAUUAAAAAAUCGGAUGACAACUCUGAUUGACAUAUCUGAUAAGACACCAUUAUUGGAGUCCAGAUAAAUGUCUAAAGUAUCAUAUUUAGAAAACGACUGUAGGAAAAGAAGUGUACUUGUAAUUAUUUGUAUUGAUACGCGCGCAUAUAUAUGCGCGUAUUUUAUCGACGUAAAUGGAUGAUUUUUUUGAGUAUCUUUUUUAUUUACUUCGAAAAAAAUCAUGUGUUUGAC